AUGGAUUUUUUUAAAACUGACGUUGAUGAAUGGACGUGCGAGAAUGCUAUAAAGUAUUACAGAGAAAAUAAUGUCCAGCUUAAUUUUAACCAAAUUCUUGACACGAUCAACAAAGACCUCAAACGAAUUUCAAAAUCUGGCUCUGAUGCAACGCGUAGAGAAAAAGCAGAGUCUAUAAUUGUCAACUGGAAGAAGCUGAACAACUCUUGGUUGUUUGGUUAUGAACUCUUGGUUCCUGCAAAGCCGUACACUCUUGGUCAAUCGGAAUGGACCAAAAACGUAAAGGAGGAUAAGAGAAUGAAAGACCUAAUUACUGAAUGUAAUAUUCUGAUGGCAGAGCAACAUAAUGAGGUUGUCAGAACAGCAGUAGUUCGUGAUCAAGUUGUACGGACUACACUUGCCAGACAACUGGAGAAUUUUAAAGAUGAGCAUGUUCAAUUAUCGGCAAGAAAAAGGCAUAAUUUGAAUGAUUUUGAAGAAGGAUUCUCAACUCCACCAAAUAAAAACCCAUCCACAAUAAGAGAUUUUCAGAUUAUUGGAAGAUACGAAGAUGAAAAUGUUGCGUCGGAUCUGAAAGAGAAAGCUCAACGAUCUACCACACCUUUUCUGCCGAAAAAACGUGCGCGCAACACACAGCAAGAGGCUGAAAAAGGUAUUACAGAUGAAGAUUUGGUGGAUUCAGUGAUCGAUGCCUCCAACACUUUCGGCAAAGUUGAAUUUCCGUCAUAUUAUAGUAAACUUAAAUCUAUCUGGAACAAUCAAGAUGCUACAAAUUAUCAUGUUAUCGAUUUAGGGGAUAAAGAUACAUUGUAUAAGGUUCAUGACCUUUUAGAUGAGGAUGAGUUGAAAUCGUUGUUUAAGAGGUUAGUGUUGGAUGAUGAGGAUAUGCACAUAAAUGAAAAGACACGUAAAUAUAUAGAGCUCUUUGAUCAGAUUGUGGAGGAAGAGAACUUGGAAGAUAUUUGUGAUGACGUAGUUGUGGACGAAGUAGAUCUUGUAAAUGAAAAUAAUGAAGAGACGAAAAAUAUGAAAGGAGAUAACGAAAAGUUUAACAAAUCAAUUGCCAAAAUGAAGGAAAUAGUGCAUCAAUUGGAUGGAUUACCCGAAAAAUACCACUACCUAUCCAACACUUUUCCUAUGUCAGCACAAUAUUAUGAUCAAUCUAAAAUGCCUGAUAUGUUUAUUGUUAAGAGCAUCUCUAGUCAUCUUGAUACUAUCAUAAAGAUGAAUGGUGCCAUGAAAAAUACCCCUGAACAGCUCACUAUUUCUACAAAAAUAGAUGUUCAAGAAAAUAAUUUUAAAGCUGAUGGUGUAUUGGAGUUUUUUGAGCGACCCAUGCAAAUUCCAUUGUUUUUGCUUGAGGUAUCGGAAGGUCCCAAUAAUCCGGAUCCAGAUAAAAUUAAUGAAGAUAGGCAGAAGUUGAUGAAUGAGGGUGUUUUUGCCAUCAAUAAUACAUUAAAGAUUUUCUUGGCUCAAGGAUUUGGUGAUAAUGUUGAAAUUGGCCAAAUGAUAUUUAUUGGACCUGGAUUAUAUUUGUUCUCACCAUUUACGAUUCCAGCUCUCGUCAUCCCAACUUCUACUGAUAACUUAGAACAUGUACCUCGACUUAUUCGAACAUUCUUAUGUUUACGAUAUAAUGUUCUUAAGGAGGUUAGGAUGUUUGAGAAGUUUGCAAAGGAAGGACAGCGACAUAUUGCGAAACCUAAAACUAAAUAUCCAACUGGAGUCACACCAGAACGGCCAAAAGCUGUGACAUUUGCAGAAUUUUUACCAAAAAUAUCAAAAGAAGGAGAAAGGAAUAGGGGAAGAGGGAGAGGUCGUGGUUGGGGAGGGAAGGAUUCCACCGAUUGA